AUCGAUCGUUUACUAGUUCAAUGACUAAAUCACAUCACAUAGGUGCAACUUGCAAGUGCUUCUCAUGAAUAAGAUGGUGUCAUUAUCAAAUGCUUCGCACAUGAGCCGGUAUUUGUGAUCUGAAAACAAAAAGGCAGGCAAAAUUCUAAACUUCUAGUCUUCGUGGAAUUCAUCAACGAAUAUCCGUGCAGAUGAAAACGACCAUGUCCAAUCAUUUCGAGAAAACUGGCUCCACUUUGAUCGCUUCAAACAAGUACACGACUUUGAAAACAACGCGGAAAGAAUAGUAUGCAUGAUCAAAUUUCAACAAAUCAUUAGUAAUAAUGUUCGCGGAGUUUUUGUAAUAUUAUUGUUGACGUUGCUUUGUUUAUAAUUAAUUUUUUGUUUAAUCGUUUUACUAUAAUUCAUAAAAUCAUAUUUAAAUCUUUUAUGUUUCUAUUUAUUUCAAAUCUUAAAUUUUGUCACUAUCAGAUUUAUAAAUGUUAAUUGAAUUAGAUAAGUGACAUGGAAAAUUUUCAUUAAGUAAAGGUAAUUAGCAUUUAAGUUUUCACAUGGGCUAUGUUAUUUUAGCGCUAUCAAAUAAAAUAAUAUGAUUAAUUAGGUGGUAUAUCUAUAUAAAACAUUUUCAGUACAUGUGAAGGUUUAUGAAUGAUGUACAUUAACUCAGACAUGUGACUUGUGACAUUUGAUUAGGCCGUUUUUUGUGACUAAUGGGUAUCAAUAGUUCAUAGUCGUGAGUUAUAGUAUUUGUUAAAAAUAGUCUAUAGUCGUUGAUUGACCAAAAAACAAAUACCUAUUCAUUGUAAAGGAUGAUGGGCGAGAUUUUAGUGGAGUUAGAAGCUAAGAUCAAAUUUAAAUUUUUAUUAUUUUUUAUUAUAUACAUUUGACUCUAUUCUGUCACUAACCUUGGUUUUCAUAUUGAUAUCAAAUUUGAAUUUUUGUUAUUUUUGUUUAUAUAUUUGACUAUAUUCUGUCACUAACCUUGGUUUUCAUAUUGAUAUCGACAGUAGCAUAUCAGUUAUUUCAUGCCUCAAAGUUCAGAUAUACCUGUCACCAACCAAUUGAUGCAUUACUCAUUGAGGUCCAAAAACAAAUAUAUGGACAUACAUGUAUAUAUUUUAUCUUACCUGAUUAUUUAUUUAGAAAAUAAAUCUAUGGUAGUUUUUUGUCCUCGUUAGACUUCCAUCCCCAUCGGUGUUAACAUUGAUUCAAAACAAAAAGAUAAAUAUGUAACAAACUAGGUAAAAAAACUAGGUCAAAAUACAUGUAUUUAAUUUGUCGUUUAUUACAAUAUUUACAAACCGAAUUGCAAGUCAAUUCUCAACAUGCCGUUAGCUAUAUUGUCUUUUUUCUCUCAUGACGUUAAUUGAUAUGACAUUUUUUUAUCCAGUGAGAGAUGAAUAAAGAGUUAAAAAAAAUGAUUAUGUUAGUUAGUAGUUACGUUUGAUGAUUGUAUGUGUUACUAAAUUUGUACUCGAAACUAUAUAUUGCUUUUAGUCUAUUAUUUUUUUGAACAAUUUAAUUACUUUUCUUGGAUAAGAAAAUGCACCUGCAGUUAGACUAUUUUCUAAAAACAUAUGCAGUUUGUAUAUAUAUACCAAAAAACAUUUGUGAUUAAAAACACAUACAUUUAUUAUGUUCCUUUGGGCACUCAGAAUCGUUAAUAAUUACUGUAUACUUUACAAAGAUAAAUAAUUAUAACGCUAAUCAUUAUAUAAAGAUUUAUUGUGUCCUACAAGAAAUAUAAAAAGUCUCUACGACAUUGAAAGUUUUGUAAUUUUCCUAGAACAUGUUGAAUUUUCUUCCAGGGUGAAGUAUAAGAGCUCUCUAUAAAAGGCUACGAAUGCAUGCCUUUAUUUUCGCAUCAACCCAUAAACUUCUUUUAGCUUCUUAUCUCUCGGUUUAACAAACAGAGAGCGAACAAACAAUGGGUAUAAGCAAUGCUAUUCCCUCACUUUUGCUCUCAAUUUUGAUGUUCGGGGUUGUGGGUAAUUAUGCUCAGCUUACCUCUGAUUUUUACUCCACGACCUGCCCUAAUGUCACAGUCAUUGCUCGGGGUCUGAUCGAGCAAGCAAGCCGUAGCGACGUCAGACUCACUGCUAAAGUCAUGCGCCUUCACUUUCAUGACUGUUUCGUGAACGGGUGCGAUGGUUCGGUACUGUUGGACGCUGCUCCUGCUGAUGGUGUAGAGGGUGAGAAGGAGGCUUUCCAAAACGCUGGCUCUCUGGAUGGCUUCGAAGUAAUCGAUGAUAUCAAAACCGCACUCGAGAAUGUUUGCCCUGGAGUUGUCUCUUGUGCCGAUAUCCUCGCCAUCGCAGCUGAAAUCUCUGUCUCAUUGGCUGGAGGACCGUCAUGGGACGUAUUGUUAGGAAGGAGAGAUGGUCGGACAGCGAACCGCGGGGAAGCGGUGACCGCACUUCCACUAGGACCUGACUCUCUUGAGAUCCUUACGUCUAAGUUCUCAGUACAUAAUCUUGACACUACUGAUCUCGUCGCUUUAUCUGGUGCUCAUACUUUCGGGAGGGUUCAGUGUGGAGUGAUAACCAAUCGUCUACACAAUUUCAGUGGUAACAACGGACAGUCCGACCCGACUAUUGAACCGGAAUUCUUGCAAACGUUGCGACGACAAUGCCCGCAAGGCGGAAGUCUCACCGCGAGGGUCAAUCUUGAUGAUACGAGCCCUGACUCAUUUGAUAAUGACUAUUUCAAGAACCUUCAAAACAACCGUGGGGUCAUUGAAUCAGAUCAAAUCUUGUUCUCUUCCACAGGAUCACCUACUGUAUCGUUGGUGAAUCGUUUCGCGGAGAACCAAAAUGAGUUCUUUGGAAAUUUUGCGAGAUCGAUGAUCAAGAUGGGAAAUGUAAAGGUUCUCACGGGAACUGAAGGAGAGAUCCGUAGAGACUGCAGACGGGUCAACUAAUACGGUUUUGCAUAUAAUGGCAUGUUCAGACUUUGUUAUUAUUCAUGAAAUAAUUAAGUGGUAUUUAUUUGUGCUUUUCCAUAAAUGUUUUAUAUUCCGUUUAUUUCGUUUUACUAUUAAGGCUAAACAUGCCACUGUUAUUCAUUUGUAAUUGUAAAUCAUAAAUACACACGUACUUAUUAGAAAAGCUUCACGUUCUUUCUAUUGUAGCCUGUACAUUUACCUUCUAAAACAAAAUAAUUUAUAGCUUCUGAGUUCUGAUAGCCACAUUACAAUUUUAUAACACACUAUCUAACAAUUUAUAUUUCAAAAUCACAUAAUUGAAACUUAAGCAAGAAAAAAAUGCAGAAAACAUAGAAGCUUGAAUGCAUUAUAUAUUGUUGUAGUAGUAAUAGUAUGAAUAAUUCACUUUAGUUAUUGUAGUUAACAAAAUUAAA